AUCAAACAGCUCUAUCAGUGUGUGUGUGUCUGUCUCAGUCAGACAAAGUCAAACAUUUCAAACCUUCCACUUCCCAAUCCAUUUUCUAUAAUAUAUACCAUAACACUUCUCCACUCUCCAUAUUCAGUGUUGUCUUCUUCACUUUCAAAUCUUCUCUGACUUAAAAGCCAUGGGAAGAGCUCCAUGUUGUGACAAAGCUAAUGUCAAAAGGGGUCCUUGGUCUCCCGAAGAAGAUGAAACCCUAAAAAACUAUCUCAAGAAACAUGGCACUGGUGGCAAUUGGAUAACUCUCCCACAAAAAGCAGGCCUAAAGCGGUGUGGGAAAAGUUGUCGUCUGAGAUGGCUGAACUAUCUCAGACCUCAUAUCAAGCAUGGAGGUUUCACCGAUGAGGAAGACCAAGUUAUCUGCAACCUUUAUUCAACCAUCGGAAGCAGGUGGUCUCUUAUUGCGGCUCAGUUACCUGGGAGAACAGACAACGAUGUGAAAAACCAUUGGAACGCUAAGUUAAAGAAAAAGUUUUUGGUAGCAAACACCAAUGCCACUGUGGAUACUGUUUGUCCACAGUUCACAACUUCCACUACUCCUCAGUCUCGAGCUGAAGACCGUGUCUUCGAUCAUGAGAACUCAGCCGAGUCUCGUGUUUUGGGUUUGGAGCGGACACACAUUCCAGUUCCUUCACCAUUGCCUUUAGGAUCUAAUGUCUCAGGUCUUGGCAGCAGCUGUAGUGUACCACUAUCCAAUGAAGUUUCAGUCGUUUCAAACUCAACAUCCUUUGCGAAACAGGAAAACCAGACUCAAUGGUUUGGCUAUGAUGACGAUAUUGAAGGUCAAAAUGAAGCACUUUUGCUUGAUUUUGUGUACGAAGAUCUCUUGCUUAGUAAUGGGUUUGUUUCACAAGAAAAAAGCAGCGAAAUUGCGCCAUCAUUUGGCUAACCAAAGGUUCUCUCCAAACAGCAGCACCAUUUCAGAAAGAAAAAGGAUAUUGAUUUCAUAUAUUAUAUGGUAUUAAUGAGUGGUAGUGAUUAUAUACCCUUCAAAUGUGGAUUGUGAUUUAAAUUUGAUUAAAGUAGUUAGGUGUGUAAGAAAUUAUGCGAGGUUUUCAGUGAAGAACUUUACAUCCUAUUUUACUUUUUUGAUUGAAAAAUGUUGAUGAAUGUGAAUGGGAUGGCAGUGGACAUGAAAGUUGCGUUGUGUUGAGGAAUUUCUAAGCUUAGAAAGAAACAAAAGGAGGGGUCCCCAUCUGACAAUAACAAUAACUACAUAGAUGAA